AUGUCUCCGUACGGAAUACACUCAAUUCUUACCUAUGAUGUGAUCAGAAAAGCUUUGGGAAUCCUUUCUGACUCGAUUUACAAUCCUAAGAGAAAUCUAGAUACUGUUGGGGGUUUUGGACUGGAGUUUAGUGAACUGCGGGAGUAUACACACGGAUUCUUCAGCAAUGUAGCAGAAAUUUUGGAUGAUGGCUUUACGCCGUAUCUAUCUCAUGUUGUGCCCCUCACAUUUUCUUCGUGCAAUCUUGAUGAUGGCUCCGCCGUGGACAUUGAUGAGUUUGAUGAUGAGAACAUUAAUGGAUUUGGUGGUGUAUCAUCUGAUGAUGAAGCUCGUGAUGAGCCAAGAGUUCGAAACAUUAGCAUAAGAACUGGAGUUUUGGAUGAAAAGGCAGCUGCAACCCAAGCACUUGGCUUAUUUGCUUUACAUACAAAGAGUUCUUACGCUCCCUAUUUGGAGGAGACAUUAAGGAUUAUGCUAAGGCAUUCUGGCUAUUUUCAUGAAGAUGAGCGAGAGAUGCAGAGCUACAUCGAGGAGCGUGAGCGGGAGGUCGCCGAGCGUGAAGCUGCUUGGAAAGCUGAGCUCUCUCGCCGCGAGGUCUUUCUCUCUCCUUUUUGA